AUGCGACUACCCUCGCGGACCGAGUUCGUCGCCAACCUCACCUUUGCGGCCCUCCCGCCCGUCUUAGGAAAUGAGAACAUUUCCUACCAAUGCCGGAGCUGCCUCCUACAUUUCGAUCUCGACAAUGCGAUCCGCGCAGAUAUCGCAUGCGGUCACAAUCACUGGUGCGGGGCCUGUCUCUGUAGAUUGGCCGUCUGCGAUAGAAGGGAGGGCGCGAAUAAGUGCCCGGAUUGCGGGACGGUGCUUUGGCGCAGAAAUGCACGUGAUGGAUCUGCGAUGCCUGCCCGGGGCCGGAGGACUGAUCAGUCGCGCGGGGUUUCUGGUGCGCAUGAUCUAGGUCGCUCGCGCCUGUGCGAUUUGGUGGUUGACAGCCGCCCGCUACCUAGGUUUCCACCGCGCGGACAGCAGGAUUUGAGCGGCGCUUACAGCGAACACUCUCUGGCCGUUCUGUCGCAAGCGUCCGCCGGUAUAUUCUACAUGAACCCUCAACCCGCAUACCCAGGCCAACAACACCGGUACGUGCCACGACCCGAUGGAGCGCAUCACCCGUACAAUGACCCCAGAGUGGUGCAUAAUGCGCCACUGCACACGCGACAUCAGACGGCUACAUACAACACACGGCCGGCGCAAGGUCCCCUACGCUACCCGGUCGCCAGGCAAGAAGCACCACUAAGCGCAACACCAUACCGCCACCAGCGUGCCACAAUCUUCACGGUGUCAGGGCAGCCAGCUCCACAACCACCGCCUUCGCGUUAUGUGCCGCGUCGUCACGAUCCCGUGUAUGACAGCGCCGCACCGUUAGUGCCGGUGAACCGCUAUUGUGCGAAUCUUGCACGAAUUUGGCGGGCAUGA